GAAGAAGAGACAAAGCGGCUGCUGGAGCCGGCGGCCAGCCCUCCCAACAAGGCACUGAAUGGAGCGGAGCAGAGCUGUCACAGCCUGCCCUCAGCCCGCACCGACGAGCAGGCCAUGCUGUCCUCCAUCCUCGCCAAGACGGCCAUCAACAUCAUCGACGUGUCGGCGGCGGAUUCGCAGGGGAUGGAGCAGCACGAGUACAUGGACAGAGCCCGGCAGUACAGCACCCGCCUGGCCAUGCUGAGCAACAGCCUGACGCACUGGAAGAAGCUCCCGCUGCUGCCUUCCCUCACCAACCAACCACACCAGGUGCUGGCCAGCGAGCCGGUCCCUUUUGCAGACCUGCAGCAGGUGAGGAGGAGAGCAGCCCUC